UAGAUGACUUUAAUGAUAGAUGGGACGUCUGGCAGCACAUUACUCGAAUUGGGGAGCAUUACUGAACUACUGCAUUGACACAUGGAUUAGUCCGCAUUCCCAAAAAAUCAUGUCAGCUUACAUCGACCAUUAUUUUCAGUUCGGAAGCUACACAACAAAUAGGGUCGAAGGAGAACAUCAUCGCGUCAAACGACAUUUAGAUGGUGGUCGGUACCCAUUCGAUACCGUACUGGAGAAACUUCACAAGGUGAUGGAAGGCCAAAUCUGUGAGAUUAAGAAAGUAGCGAGAGUUAACGCUACUAAAUCCAACACAGACACCCUUGGAGAUACGUUGUUUGUUAAUCUGAACAGAUCAAUCACGUUUAAAGCAUUCGGCCUCAUAAGGAAAGAAAUGCAAGUUUUACAAGAAAUGGGUCAGGAUCCAACAACGUGUGGUUGCUACCUAAGGAGAACUCAUGGUCUACCGUGCGCACAUGAGCUUCAGUACUACAUCAUAAAUGGGUAUAGCAUUCCGUUGGAUCAAAUACAUGAUUAUUGGAAAAAGUUAGAUAUUCAGUUUCCAAUAUUUCCUAAUGAUGCCGCGGAUGGAUCCCCGACUCCACCAAAUCCAGUGAGGAGGGCGUUGUUCGAAGAAGUCCCUGAUAUUACUGCACCUCCUACUGCUAAAAAGAAAACCAAGGGUAAAAAGCUCUCUAGUCUCCGUGUACCUUCGGCGUGGGAGAGGGUUGUGAAACAGUACGGAUUUAAAAAGUCUCCAAACAAAAAGGGCCCUGGACGUGUUGCUUCUAUCUCCGAAUCACAGGGGAGUCCAAUGAGCACAUCCCAACGUACGGGGCCACCAGUAUCACCACUUUCUCCAAAUCCUCCGUGCUCAAGGCCUCCAAUGUCAACCCCUUCUUCCAAAGGCACCACGUUCAUCUUUAAGAAUUCUGUAUUUGAGAGAGAAUUCCCGCCCUACAUUAGAAAAUACAUAGAUCAAUGCACAGAUGUAGCGGCAGACGGAAAUUGUGGAUUUAGAGCGGUGGCUCUAGCAAUUUACGGAACAGAAGAUGAUUGGGUUAAAGUUAGACAAGACUUAGUAGCAGAUCUACAGAAUAGAAGCGCCUUGUACGCUCGAAUCUUAGGUGGGAGGAGUGCGAGGAGUUCUAAUGUGACUAAUCUCAUCCAAUCGAUUGCUCACUACCAUGGACCAGCGGAUGAUGAUUACUGGAUGGCGGUACCGGAUUGCGGUCACGUAAUUGCAACAACAUAUAAUGUUGUUUUCAUGACAUUCAGUGAACAUGGAGGAAAUACUUGUCUGCCAGCGAUAUUAGAUGAAACACAAGGACCUCCAACCCGAAAGGUGGUGUGCGGACAUCUUAGCAAUGAUCAUUGGAUUUUGGUAAGAAAAUUACACUAGUCGACGAUCAUAUAAACAAGUUGAAUUUUAACUUUAAUUUUUUAUAUAAAAAUAUAACUUCAAUAUUUGUACAUUUUUUUCCAGUUGCAUAUGAAAUCAGGGGAUCAUCCGGUACCACCCAUAGCAUUUUACUGGAACGACCAUCACGACAAAUCUGCAGAUGGUUUAGAUGCACAAUUUGCAUUCUCGAUCAGUCACUUUAACCGUCUCCACAAUGAAGAUGGAGAACGUCGAGCAUCAACAAGAAGAAGAAAGAACAAUUAAUUAGGAUCGAAAAAAAAAUUGAUGUAUUUCGUUGAGUAGAUUAAUACUUUGAUUUUCUAAU